CUUGUCAGAUUAUCAAAGGUUAUAGGAAUACCUGGAUUCAUUGUAGAUCAUCUCGAUCUUGAUGCGGAAAUCGGUGGAUGAUCUUUGACCGGGCGAUACUGGUAACAUCACGACCCGGGAGGUUUUGGCAGUCUUCCUCAACCAAGCCGCCUCAGUUCCUUUACGAGAGAGCUCUCAUCUUUUUGAUGGGGAGAAGAUGAGAUUUCUUGGUCUUGGUGAAUUGGGGACCACAACCUCAAGCUCCUUAUAUACUAGUUCACCAUGGGCUCCCAUAAAACCCAAGGUGAUCAAGUAUUGGGUUUCCACCCAUUGGACCCAUGUUGGGCUUGAGUAGUCAUGAGCCACAUAAAAUAGAUCACUUCAUUUAGCUCAUCUAAGCAAAUAACAAAUAUAGUGUGUUUGUAAAUUUAUGGCCCACAUAAGUUAGGAAAUGAAUUUCCUAACACCUUGAACGUUGAUUCGAUGAAUCAUCUCCAGAAUUCUCGGUGAACAGGUCGUCAAAUUCGCCGAUUGCGUUAGGGUUAUCUAUUCGAGCUCCGCGGUCGAUUAUGACGUCCAUGGGAGCGGAGAAAACAUUUCUUAAGAGCUGGGCGAUGGGUUUUGGUUUGUGAGAGGAGAGGAGCGGUCGGCGGGAAGGAAUGCGGAAACGACGAUGAAUACUCUAUUGUCGAGGGAAGCAUUAGAGGAGGAACCGUGCUUUCUGUGGACUAUGGGGUGGGUACUCGGCCGGGUAUAUAGGUAGUGAACCGGUUAGGAUUGUGUGGGUUAAAUUAGGAUGAUUAAAUAUUUUUUAUUAAUAUUUUCAAUGACGUGUCAUGCUGAUUACGCAAAAGUAACGUGUUUUUGCACGGAAGUGGAUGGAUGGACUUUUUUGUUAUUCCCUCAAACUUGUUUUACUGAAACAUGCAAAAUUUAAUAUUUGUGACCAUUUUGUACAAAGUAAAUAGAUUUGUGACCAUUUAUGAUAAUUACCCGGGUAAACUGAGAAGCUGAGAGCCAAAUACAACUUCCGUUUUCGGGUUCAAAUGAACCGAAACCGCUAUGCCACAUUUUCGGGUUGAAACCGAAACCAAAUCCACUUGCUUGCUAUCAUUUUUGGGUUCGGAUUGAACCGUAAACUCAAAACCGUUUUGACAGUCCUAAAUUUCGGAUACUUGGAGACUGGAGCUCAACUACGACGCCGACCUUCUCGAAUUAAUUGGACCAGUCGGCAGAGAUUUUUUUUUAUACUUAUAGGGGCCUUAAUUCAGUUGCCAAUUUUCUUUCCAAUAGAAAUCAAACAUCCAUCGGUGGUCAUUCACCAUAAUCAAUGGUGUUUGGCGACAAAACUAUUAUUGUUUUGAAAAAUUGUACAUCAACUCAUAACUUCCGUGGUACACAUUAUUCCACGUGGUAAAGUUAAUUUUGAAUUGGGCCCAUGAACGGAAGGACAUAGUUUUCCAAGGUUUGUCUGGAGCCUAAAGUGAGACCUUGGCAGUUUCUCUCUAACUCAUUCUGUCUGGUCCCAGAAAACCUUGAGCAAAAGCUAGCGUUGGCAAUGAAGAUGGCUGGUAACGUGGCCUUCAUGCCGAGAAAUCAAGGUUUGGUGUAAGAGAUGAAGGAUGACACCCAAGCCAGCAUCAGAGGAAUUGAUACAUAAACACUUGAAGACAGAAGGCUAGCUGCUGCAGGUCAUGGCUGCAUCAACGAAACUCUUGAUUCCACUACUAGUUUUCUUCAUCAUCAGCAGCACUAACAAUGUUUCUGCAAAUUCUACACCAACCAUACUUCAAUCAGCCGCAGGUUGCUCAAAUGGCCAAUGCCAGCUCCGAGAUGGAUGCUCGAAUGACAGAGAUUGCGCGGCGGGGCUCUACUGUUUGUCUUGCUCUCUGGCCUUCAAUGGCUCCAGAUGUGUUAGAUCAACCAUAACAGACCAGUUCAAGCUUCUGAACAAUUCUCUGCCUUUGAACAAGUAUGCAUUCUUGACCACCCACAACUCGUUUGCCAUUAGAGGAGAGCCACCCCGCACUGGAAUCCCUAGGGUUACUACUACAAGUCAGGAGGACUCUGUCACCCAACAGCUAAAUCACGGAGUCAGAGCACUGAUGCUGGAUUUAUAUGACUUUAGGGGUGGAAUCUGGUUGUGCCAUUCAUUCAGGGGGAAAUGCCGGGAUUACACAGCAUUUGAACCUGCAAUGGAGACUUUGAAAGAAAUAGAGGCAUUCAUGUCAUCAAACCCAUCAGAGAUUAUAACUUUGAUCUUAGAAGAUAAUGUCAAAACCCCAAAUGGCCUGUCACGAAUAUUCGAGUCCUCUGUCUUGAAAAGAUACUGGUUUCCUCUCUCCAAAAUGCCUCAAGGUGGCAAAGACUGGCCUUCAGUGAAGGACAUGGUUGCCAGUAACCAAAGGUUGAUAGUCUUCACAUCUGAUCGAUCCAAGCAACAAGCUGAAGGAAUAGCUUAUCAAUCGAACUUCAUGGUUGAAACUCAAUGUAAGCCAUUCUUUCUAUGUUCUUACUCUUUUUCCAAAAGGGAACUAUAGAUUGAGAAGGUAAAUAUGGGGUUUUUUGGCAGAGGGGAGUGGUGGGUUGAGGGGAUAUUGCAUAAACAGAAGAGAGUCGGCGCCAUUGGGCGACAAGACCAAAAGUUUGGUACUUGUGAAUUAUUUUGGGACAGUACCAGUGGCAGAUGUCUCGUGUCGGUACAAUUCGAGGGGAUUGAUGGAGAUGCUUGGGAAAUGUUAUGUCUCAGCUGGGAACAGAUGGGCUAACUUAAUUUGUUGCGGUUGAUUAUUACAAGGUAAUCAAAAUCGUAAUUAAGUGGUAAUACAGUUGGAUGUUUUUAGUUAAGCAAUUAGGUUGCUGAAUUAAUUUGGGGUUUUGGCAGAGGAGUAACGAGGGAGGAGUGUUUGAGGCGGUGGAUAAGUUGAAUGGAGAAAUGUUGUGUGGAUGUCACGAUGUUCGUGUUUGCGUGGUGAGUUUUUUUUUAUUGAUGACCGGUUCGUUAUUAUUCUCCAACGGUUAUGUUAUUGCUAUACGGAUUUCGAAAAUGCUAAAUAUCGCUGAGAUUUUUGUAGACAGAUUCAAUAUUUUAGGAACUUGGGAUUGGCUGAAGCAGUAAAGUGUGACGAAUAAAAUGUUCUUUGUUCAUAAAUAUAAAUUUAUUGUGGAAUUUAGUAGGAGUUGUGCGAUGUGAUCUGUGUGUAAUUUUAAUAUUUUGCAGGGUGGGUCGUUGGUGAAAUGCAAAUGACAUUAUGAUGAAUGUUGCAUUAAGCAUGGACUUAUAGAGCAAUCAGAAUAUUGCCGACAAUUGUAUUUUCUUCAUAUUUCGUCUCUUUGUGUCUUCCAUUCAAGAUGAAUACUUGUGACUUCCAUUUUAGAUGAAUAUUUUUAACUUCCAAUUUCCCAUAGCUCAAUUUCAUGUUAAUUUCCCUUUUCCUAGUAACUCUUGUAUUCACCAUUGGCAAGAGUGAUUGAAUAGAUAAUUAUCCAGCUCUAUUGGCAAUGAUCAAACUUUGAGCUCAUAAAUAAAGAAAAAUAUCUAUGAUUA